AUGCCUACCCUGUUUUUGUGCUUAGAUGGGUUUACCUUUUACGAUAAAGACCAUAAACCUGAUGAGAAGUUUGCUUAUAAGAUCAUUAACACACAAACAGGUAAAUCAUCUGCGAAAAAAACUUUUUCAUAUGGUGAAACACAUGAUUUGAGAGAUCCGUUUCAUAUUAGAGUUAAUUCCAUUAAUAAUCAAAGUUUUCGUAUUAUUCUCUAUAAGAAAGGCCUCCUUAAGGAUCAUUUGCUUGCAAAAGUUAAAAUUCACCUUAGCGAUCUUGAAAUCAAUCGUGUUUCAAUAGACACAGUUCCCAUGAAUACAGAAAAAGUUCAAAGCCUUCAAUAUGCUGCAAAUCUAAUUUUACAUUUGUCAGAUGACGAUUGUCGUCCCUAUAGUGCUCCUAUUGGUCAUUCGAACUUAAGACAAGUUAGUGUUAAGUCAUCUCAAAUUAGUAGUAACGUCAAUAAUCAAUCAGAUGCUGUUAAUCAUAAUUUAUUAUCGAUCGGAUUUUAA